GGUAUUCAACGUAAAAUACGGUGAUCAUCCGCCAAGUUAAAAACAAAAUGAAAAACGGCACCAUGAAUAAACCAUCUGAAGUGGAAGUCAAGCCUUCUUUGGAACGUGAAUUUACCUCUAAGGAAAUAGACCAAGAGACCCAAACCAAGAUUAGUGUCUACGAUCAACUAAGGCCUAAAAACGAGGGCCCGUUCAUGUCAGCUGUGAGAGAAUUGGAAAAGAAGGCUGGCUUCGAGACUCCAAUAGUGUACUUCAACAUACUAGUGCUAGUAAUGUUCCAUGUCCUAAUACUAGUGUCAGCGUAUCUCAUAUUUAUCGACCGUCGAUAUUAUCCGAAACGGCAGACUUUUAUUUUUUUGUUCUCAUUAACGUUGCUGACUACCUUUGGGGUGACGGCCGGCGCUCACCGUCUCUGGAGCCACCGCGCGUACAAAGCGAAGAUUCCUUUACAAAUCAUGCUACUUAUAGGUUUCUUAACCGCUGGAAUGAACGACCUGUACAACUGGGUGCGCGACCACCGCGUGCACCACAAGUUCUCCGAGACGUCUGCCGACCCCCAUAACGCCACCAGAGGUUUCUUCUUCUCCCACGUCGGCUGGAUGAUGACGAAGCAGCACCCUGAUGUCCUCCGCGAAGCUGUUAAAGUAGACAUGAGUGACAUUGAAGGCAACCCCCUAAUCCGGUUUCAUGUAAGGCACUUCAAGAUACUGAAACUUUUGUUUGCCCUCGUCUUACCGGUCCUGAUCCCGGUUGUGUUUUGGGACGAACGCAUAUCCGUGGCGUUCCUUGCGCUGGUCCUUAAGCAUGCGUACAUCCUUCACACCAUGUGGUCUGUCAACAGCUUUGCUCAUCUGUACGGAAAUCGGCCCUAUAACAGCAAAAUAAAUCCUCGCGAAAACUGGGUGUUAUCCGUAUUUUCCAUUGGCGAAGGCUGGCACAACUACCACCACACGUUCCCGUGGGACUACAAGGCGGCCGAGCUGGCCUUCCCUUUCAACGGAACCACGAAUCUGCUGGAUUUGUUCGCCAAAGUUGGCUGGGCCUACGAUAGGAAGAUGGCGUCACCAGCCCUGAUAAAAAACGUUGCGGAGUCCAAAGGAGACUCGCCUUACAAUGAGAUAUGAAGGAAUGAGGGAAGGUGAAGGAAGGAUCCUUGUCAACAGAUAAAUGUUCAUCAUUCAUCAUCAUUUCAGCCACAGGACGUCCACUGCUGAACAUAGGCCUCCCCCAAUGCUUUCCAUGUUGAUCGAUUGGUAGCGGCCUGCGUCCAACCAUCCAUUGCCGAUACUCGCCAACCCGCCUGCCAAGCGUGGCGAGUAUCGGCAAUGAUCCCCCCAAUGAGGAACACAACAGAUAAAUGUUAUUUAGUUUUAAUUAUUUGAAGUUAUCAAUAGUACAUACCUACAUAAUAAAUUCAUGUUUAUCUAUUUGCAAUCCGAACAAAAUCUGAUGACUUCUCAUCAAAUAUAUUUUUUUGAUUAAUUUUAAUUAAAGAAUGAGAAAUAACUUUAUUGACACAGUAUUAUCAAUAUUUAACAGUUGCAGAACAAAGCCAAUGAUCUGUUUUCUUUGUUUAUAAAAAUGUUAUCGUUGGUUUAAUUUUAUUGUUAAUAUUACGUUGUUAUAUUGUGAUUGUUAAUAAUACGUUGUUAUAUUGUUAUUGUUCAUAUUAAGUUGUUAUAUUGUUAUUGUUAAUAUUACGUUGUUAUAUUGCUAUUGUUACCGUUUUUAUUCUUAAAUUGUUGUUGAUAAUGUUGUUAUUAUAGAUGGCGUUGGUUGGUUAUUUAAGAAACGUGGUUAAUGCUAAUAUUCUU